CUUGCUUACCGUCGAGGAGUACCUCGUAGCGUUUCCGAAUAAUAAGAACAUGUUAAAAAAUCUACCUCAAAUAGCCCUAUUCCUGGGGGCAUGUGCAGUGACGUACGUAUCGUCAGAUGCACAGCCAGCAGCAGCAGCAGCUCAACCAUUCCAUGUGAUGUGCUACUACGAUGAGCGGGCGGGCGUCGACCGAGGGAAUGACCAGGGGAAGGUGACACCGAAGAACCUGUUGUCCGGCGCCCAAUCAGAAUACUGCACUCACCUUAUCUACGGCUUCGCAAUCGUCGGAAACGAUUCUAAGUCCAUUCAAGUCCGAAGCGCCAAAUCAGAGGAGCUUUACAAAGAUCUUGCGGCGUUGAAGGCAAAGGGAAUCAAGACCCUCAUUGCCUUAGGUGGUGCUGAGGAUUCCAAAAAUUUCGAGAAGUACGUCAAAUUGGUCACAAACGUAGACAACAGGAAGGCCUUCGUUGAAAGUGUGGUUGCAUUUUUGAGCAAGCACAAAUUCGAUGGACUCUUGCUCCAGUGGGAGUACCCUGUUUGCCGUGAUGGAUCUGACUGCACAAAAGGCAGUGUCGACGAGAGAACCGGAUACGGCGAGUUGAUGAAGCAACUGAGCGAAGCCUUAAAACCCAAAAGCUUUCUUUUAGCAGCAGGCAUCUCCCCCAAGAUUGACGUUAUCGACAAAGCGUACAACGUUCAAGUUUUGACGAAAUACUUAGAUUUUGUGCUCGUGGAAGGAUACAAAUACAACCAAGGAUAUUCGAAAGUUUUCGAAACCCAAUUCUACAAUGUCAACACCACGACUGAACCCAGCGUCGUGAACACCAUCAUGCAGUUGCACACCAAAGGCGUCCCCCUCAAGAAGCAAGUCCUUGGCAUUAGCUUGGCUGGAAACUCAUACGUUCUUGCGGCCGCUGACAAGCAUGGCUACGGUGUCGCUACCACCGGCCCUGGUGCUGCAGCUGAGUUCACCAAGCUUCCCGGUGUCAUGGGCUACUUCGAGAUCUGCAACAAUGUGGUAAACAAAGGCUGGAAAGUAGUCCACGAACGCAAGAACACCGUUAAGCUCAACCCGUACGCGUUCAAGGGAAACCAAUUGGUAACCUAUGAAGACACCACUGACUUGCUCAGGAAGGGUAAAUUCAUCAAGGACCAAAAGAUGUUGGGAGCCGCCGUCUGGUCGGCUGACUUGGACGACAUCAGGAACAUCUGCAAGUGCGGGAACUUCCCCAUGCUGAGAGCCCUGAAUCAGGAACUCAGGGGAGAGACCGUCGUCCCUGGCAAGAAAAUGUGGGAGAACUGCGCAUAGUGAUCACGUCGAACAUGUCCUCAUCGCAUCUCAGAUUCUUACUUAACUUCUCGUUCUUUUUUCCUAUUUCUUAUUUCCAGUUGUUUUAAUGUUUGAUAUAGUUUAAUAAAUUCUGCUCAUUUAAUUCUUAAA